AUGUCGGGGACGGCGGCGGGCGGGCCAGGUCCAGCUGGGGCGGCGGCCGCCCUCGGGGGGCUGGGCGGCUCCUUGGAGGACAAGGACUGCGACCUGCUUUGUCCCGUUUGCUUCGAGCUCAUCGACGAGGCCUAUGUCACGCGAUGCGGUCACUCCUUCUGUUACUCCUGCAUUGCGAAAUCCGUGGAGCUCCACCGUCGCUGCCCAAAGUGCGGGGCCGCGCUCGCCUCCCGCGACCACAUCUUCCCUAACUUCCUCCUCAACGAGCUGGUGGCGAGGAGGAGGUUGAGGGUACGACCACCGGCACCUCAACAGAGUGCCGUCGGUGCUGGAGAUGCGGAGAGGUUGCGGACUCUGCUGGCAGCGGAGGCCAGGCACCUGGCGCUGGCUGAUGUGGACGGAAUGCUGGACGUGCUGACGCGGCGCAAGAGGCUCCUGGAAGCGGAGUCCGCGGUGGCCCAGCACCGGCUGCUGUACGAGUUCCUAGCGCAUCUGUUGCGGCUGAGGCAUCACCAGCUCGAUCAGUUAACGCGGGAGGCUGCGCUCGUUAGGAAGGAUAUGGAGCAGGUGGGUGCAGUGCUGCGGGAGCUGCGAGCUGGUGCUGCAGACCUGGCGCCACACGGCACAGACCCACUACCGGAUUUACCCACCAGCGGAGAAGACCGUCCAGAAGAAGAGGAGAGUUUCGCGGGUGGGGCGGGGAGUGGAGGGGGUGACGCGCUGGCUGCUCGCUGGCGGCGCCUCACUGCGCACUUCGACGACUUCGUGCAGUGCUAUUUCGCUCACCGCGCCGACGAGCUGUACUUCCCGGGGUCGGGCAGCGCCACGCCCACUCCGGGCGCGCUGCACGCUCCCGCCGCAGGCCCCGCCUCCGCUUCCGCCCCAGCGUCCGCUGCCGCUUGUGCGAGCUCCAGCGAGGCGGAUGCUGUGCCACAGCAGACCUCGAUCGACUCACGCUCCGCAAGUGCUGCCGGUGGUGACCAGCGCGCGCCGGACGGAGAGGCGCCGCCUGUCCCUGUGGAGGGCGGUGGUGGGGGAGGCAGUGGCGGUAGUGGUGGGGGUGGCGGGGGCCUGGAAGCGUUCCGCGAGGACCUGGCGGCGUUUACGCGUUACCGCGCUCUACGACCGCUCGCCACGCUCUCGUACUGCAGCGACGCCAUCAACUACUCCACCAUCGUGUCCACCAUCGAGUUCGACAAGGACGACGAGUUCUUCGCGAUCGCCGGUGUCACCAAGCGGAUCAAGGUAUUCGAGUUUGAGUCCGUAGUGCGCGACGCUGUGGACGUGCACUACCCGUGCGCAGAGAUGCAGUGCUCGCACAAGAUCUCGUGCGUCUCGUGGAACGCGUACCACAAGAACGUGCUCGCGUCCGCCGACUACGAGGGCACCGUCGCCGUGUGGGACGCGCACACCGGCGCGCGCACCCGAGCGCUGCAGGAGCAUGACAAGAGAUGCUGGUCGGUUCACUUCAACCGUGCGGACGUGCGUUUGCUGGCAUCUGGUUCUGACGACGCCAGGGUCAAGCUGUGGGCGCUCAACGCAGAGCGGUCUGUGGCCACACUCGAGGCCAAAUUCAACGUGUGCUGCGUACGCUUCAACCCGAAGUCCUCGUGCCACUUGGCCUUCGGCUCGGCGGACCACUGCGUGCACUACUACGACUUACGGGCCCCCCGUGCCCCGUUGGCCGUCUUCCGAGACCACAGGAAGGCGGUCUCCUACGUCAAGUUCCUGGACUCGAGAACGCUGGUCUCCGCGUCCACGGACUCGCAGCUGAAGCUGUGGCGGGUAGAGUCGCCGAGAUGUGUGCGAUCUUUCACCGGACACGCGAACGAAAAGAACUUCGUGGGGUUGGCGACGGAUGGAAAAUACGUGGCUUGUGGGUCGGAGAACAAUGCUCUCUAUGUUUACUACUCGGGAUUGUCGCGCCCGCUCCUCACGUACAAGUUCGAAGCGGUGCGCGGGUUCCUGGAACGUGAGAGGAGGGAUGAGGAACCCUCAGAGUUUGUGUCUGCGGUCUGCUGGAGACGCUCUCCAGAUCGGCCAGUGUUGCUGGCUGCGAACAGCCAGGGCACCAUCAAAGUGCUCGAGCUGCUGUGA